AUGGAACCGACGGAUCACGCAAACAAGCAAUCGCCUCUAUUGUCAACCCUCCCCAGAGACUCACGUGGCUCCCUCGAAGUGUUCAACCCAUCCGCUACGCCCAGGCCAAGCUAUCCAACCUUCGGCUCUCAGCCGUCCACACAGUCCACCCGGAAGAGCUGUUCAGAGUUGCCGCCGCCGCCGCCGCCACGUAGCAGCCCACCGCCGGAGGAGCCCAAGCUCUCUUCCAACUCCGGCAAGGCAAACGCGGACGAAAUCUCCUCAUGGAUGGCUCUCAAGGACCCCACGCCGCCGUCGCCACAUGCGAUGGCCCAAAAGACCAUCUCGGCCCCCGUCAAAGACCGCCAGAACCCGGCCGAGACGACGAAGAACGUGUCCGGCGAAGUUGGCUUGGCCGCGAAAAGGGCGGCGGAAUGGGGACUUGUACUGAAGACGGACACUGAAACUGGGAAGCCUCAAGGGGUAAAGGUGAGGACUUCUGGGGAUGAUCCGAGUAACAAACCCGGGAGCUCCAGGAGGGACUCGGGCAACUCGCUUCGGAGCUCCGGUGACAUGUCCGAUGAUGGAGCAGUUAAGGAGGGAGGGCUUCCAAGGGUAUCCGAGGACUUGAAACAUGCGCUAUCGGCAUUUCAACAAACAUUCGUCGUCUCGGAUGCCACCAAACCCGAUUUCCCGAUUUUGUAUGCGAGUGCCGGGUUCUUCAAGAUGACUGGUUACACAUCCAGAGAAGUAAUUGGCAGAAAUAGUCGGUUCUUACAGGGUUCGGGUACCGAUCCAGAAGAACUGGCAAAGAUCCGGGAAGCUUUGGAGGCGGGGACUAAUUACUGUGGGAGGUUGCUGAAUUACAAGAAGGAUGGGACACCCUUUUGGAACCUUCUCACUAUUGCGCCUAUCAAGGAUGAGAGUGGCAAAGUCCUCAAAUUUAUUGGAAUGCAAGUGGAGGUGAGCAAGCACACUGAGGGUACCAAGGAAAAAAUGACACGUCCCAAUGGGCUGCCUGAAUCCUUGAUCCGAUAUGAUGCACGUCAGAGAGAGAAGGCUAGUAUCUCAGUGACUGAGCUAGUGCAGGCAGUGAAGAGACCCCGGGCACUCAGCGAAUCCACAAAUCGUCCCUUCAUGAGAAAAUCAGAGGGUGGUCAGGAAGAUGAAAGAUUAGAAGGUGUAGGGAGGCGAAACUCGGAGAACAUGGCUCCGCAUAGACGACACUCAGUUGCUGGUACAAGAACCAGCUCCAUGCAGAAAAUCAGUGAGGUGCCAGAAAAGAAACAGAAGAAAUUUGGCCGUCGUUCUUUCAUGUCGAUGAUAAAGAAAAGUCGUGCCAGCACUGAAGAGUUUGAUGUUGGAGUUACCGUGGAGGAUGAUGAUGAUGAUGACAGUGAUGAUGACAAUGAUGGGCGCCCUGACAGUGUGGAUGACAAAGUAAGGAAGAAGGAGAUGAGAAAGGGUAUUGAUCUUGCAACAACACUUGAACGUAUUGAGAAAAACUUUGUUAUUACUGAUCCCAGGCUUCCUGAUAAUCCCAUUAUAUUUGCAUCGGAUAGCUUCUUGGAGCUAACUGAGUACAGUCGUGAAGAAAUCCUAGGAAGGAAUUGCAGGUUUCUUCAAGGCCCUGAAACUGAUCCAGCCACAGUGAGAAAAAUUAGAGAUGCAAUUGAUAACCAGAAAGAGAUUACGGUGCAGCUUAUUAACUACACCAAAAGUGGGAAAAAGUUCUGGAAUUUGUUUCAUCUGCAGCCCAUGCGUGAUCAGAAGGGAGAAGUGCAAUAUUUUAUUGGGGUACAGCUUGAUGGUAGCGAACAUGUUGAGCCACUUCACAACUGCAUCCCUGAGGAAACAGCAGAAGAGAGUUCAAAAGUGGUUAAAGAAACUGCUGCAAAUGUUGAUGUUGCAGCCAGGGAACUUCCAGAUGCCAAUUUGAAACCCGAAGAUCUAUGGAUCAACCAUUCAAAAGUGGUUCAGCCAAAGCCCCACAGGAAAGACAGUGCAUCUUGGAGGGCCAUCCAGAAGAUUCUGGAUACUGGAGAACAAUUAGGCUUGAAGCAUUUUAGGCCAAUAAAACCCUUGGGAUCUGGAGAUACUGGCAGUGUGCACUUGGUGGAAUUAUGUGGAACUGGAGAAUACUUUGCCAUGAAGACUAUGGAUAAGGGGGUUAUGCUCAAUCGAAAUAAGGUACAUAGAGCUUGUGCAGAAAGAGAAAUCCUUGACAUGUUGGAUCACCCUUUUCUUCCUGUAUUAUAUGCUUCAUUUCAGACCAAAUCACAUGUCUGUCUGAUAACUGAUUACUGCCCUGGUGGAGAGCUGUUCUUACUUUUGGAUAGACAACCAAAGAAGGUCUUGAAGGAAGAUGCUGUGAGGUUCUAUGCAGCAGAAGUAGUUGUUGCAUUGGAGUACCUGCACUGUCAAGGAAUAAUUUACAGGGAUUUAAAGCCUGAGAAUGUGUUGCUUCAGAACGAUGGACAUGUCUCCUUGACAGAUUUUGACCUGUCUUGCUUGACAUCUUGCAAACCCCAGAUUCUGAUUCCUGAUACAACUGAAAAGAAAAAGCAUCAGAAAGGCCAACAAGCUCCAAUAUUUGUGGCUGAACCGAUGCGAGCAUCAAAUUCUUUUGUUGGAACAGAAGAGUAUAUAGCCCCAGAAAUCAUAACUGGGGCAGGCCACACAAGUGCAGUGGACUGGUGGGCUUUAGGCAUUCUGCUCUAUGAAAUGCUGUAUGGCUACACGCCAUUUAGGGGAAAGACAAGGCAAAAGACAUUUGCUAACAUUCUUCAUAAGGACCUUAAAUUCCCAGGAAGUAUACCGGUAAAUCUCCAGGUAAAGCAAUUAAUCUAUCGGUUGUUACACAGAGAUCCCAAAAACAGAUUGGGUUCACGUGAAGGAGCAAAUGAAAUAAAGCGACAUCCUUUCUUCAAGGGUGUCAACUGGGCUUUAGUUCGUUGCAUGAGCCCUCCGAAGCUGGAUGCUCCUCUCUUUGGGACUGAAGAUGGGAAAGAAGUUAAAAUUGAUCCCGAAAUGGAGGAUUUACAAACAAAUGUUUUCUAAACUGAAGUGUCUCCCGUACCAUCUUCUACUUUUCCUGCACUCUGUGUCCUGAAGGCGAGUCAAAAAUCUGUUCCUCAUCCUGGUACUCAGUCUGAUGCAGAAUUGGAUAUCCAAGUUUCAUCACUCAUUCGAAGGAAGCAUAUAAUGGAAGGAGCAGGGUUGCCUCUGGCUGGCAUUGAGUUGGAGUUUCAUUUGUUGCAGUUAUUUUCUACUUGCUAUAGUUACACACUCAAAGCUGAUGACCCUGGUUCUGAUUGUACAAAGAACUUGAGGGUUCUUCAUUGUUGUUCACUUCAUUGUAUGCUAUUCGUUGUGUUAUGCUUUGUGUACAUGUUAUUGAUAUUUGAAAGCUUCUGUUAAAAAAGAUAAGUUCAUUCAA